AAAAAUGGCACAACCUCAACCAGCAGAGGUAAAUAAACAGUCAAUGACCACCUGAACUGCAAGAAAAAUUUGGGGUGAAGCACAUGCUCAAAAAAACGGAAGUAGCAAAGACCUUUUUAAGAGGAUGGUUAGAAAAUGAAAAAAUAUUACUCUUUCAAAGAGGGAGAAGCAAAUGAAUGCUUCAGAAAUGGAAAGGCAAUGUGAAGAAAUAGAUCAUUUUAAUUAUUUCUGAAAUGUUGAGGCAAGAUGAAGACAUUAAGAGCACAAUAUUAGAAGAUAACUUUUUCCUCCCUCACAUUUUCUUGAAAAUCAUAUUUGUGUAGAAAGGAAAACAAGUCUACCCCCAUGGACACACUGAACUGCAACAUGAAUUAGCUGGUUACAAUAAUAAAUCACAUGAAGUGGAAAUUAUGAUUGACAAAAAUAACAUAAGGCAAUGAACAACUAAGGAAGGACAGAGAAAGCUGUUGAGAGUGCAGGAAUCAGCCUCAGAAGCAGCCUGUUUUCUCAGAUAAUUAUCAGGCUUUGAAGAGAACUAUUCUGCAUAAAGAAUUGCUGGACAAGAGCAUUUACAUGCAGAAGGAGCUGAGACACUCCACAAGAUUAAUUCAGUCACAUGCAGCAAACUGUGGCUGAUGUCAGGGUUGGAAUAACCCUGGUAGAAAGCACAAUUUACCUUGGAAACAAGGAUCAUGCAAAGUCUGGAAUCUCGAUCCCCAAAAGAAUGUGUUGCUCACAAUAUAUUGUUCAAAAGGAACAAACCUUUAGAGAAUGUGUUUUCAAAUAGAAAUUUUUCAUGUUUUAGUUAAGGCUUUUAGCAGUGUGAUGACAGAAUAAUAAGGAAUAAUAAGGUCUUCACUGCAAAAGAGAGUUCUGGCAUCACUCAAAAGCAAAGGACCACAACAGGAGGUAAACAGAGCUUGAGCUAAUCAGACCUGGUGCCAGUGAAGGAACAAGGAUUCACUUGGCAAAGAAACACCUCUCAUAGACACAGAUUUGUUCAUCAUUAUUUUGAAUAUGGAACUACAAGCACACACAGAGGAUGGUCAGAGCAUGUGGCUGGAUGAUAAACGUGCUGCAAGGACAGGAGAGGGUGUUCUUAUAAAGCAGAGAAGGAAUUAGAAGAUGCAGGCACACCUGAUGAAAAAGUAAACAGUGCUGGAGAAGAGAAUUUGAACCUCAGAAUAAAAAAGCUGGAAAAGCCAGAGCAAAAACUGAAAGGUGUUCUAGAGGACUACGUGGAGUCAGAUUCCAUCCUAAGAAACAGGAUGAAAGAGCUGGAGCUGUCACACAAAACACGUCCUGUGAUGAUUGAUCAACUCUAUGUGAAGCUGGACCAGGUUGAAAAUGCCAAUGUGCGCAUUAAAGGGAAACUGCGAGACAUUCAGGAGGACCUGAUCAGCUUGGUUGAAAACCAAAAGAAGUCAGAGAAGAAGCACAAGGAAAAAUUGCGUUGGCUUCAGGAGCAGCUGAAGACAAAAGAGGAUGAAAUAAAAAGCCAGUCAGAAUAUUUUGAGCACUACAAACAAAGGCAAAGACAACAGAUAGAAGUACUGAGGAAAAGGGACUGUUACCUUCAGGGUGAGGUAUCUAGGCUGGAAAAGCAAGUCUUAGAUCUUAAUGCCCAUAUUGCUCUUUUGACAUCCAAGUUAGAAGAGGAAAUGGUGCAGCACCUCCAGCAGAAGCUGCAGUCAGUGUGCAGUGGGACUCAGGGCUGUAAAUACUGUGGAGUGGAAGAAAUGGAAUGGAAGAUUUGUAUUGAAAAUGUGGAACAUGAUGUGAAAAGCCACCUCAAGGCAUUUCAGCAAAACCUGAAGCUCUUGAGGGAAAAAGAAGAGGACACUAGAAGAGAACAGGCAGACCUGCUGACUGAAUUGCAGUGCUCUCAGAACACUGAAGACUUUCUCAGAACAAAAUUGGAAGAAUCUCACCAUCAUGUCUAUAGUUUAAAAUUAUCUGAAAUCAAACUACAGGAAAAAGUAGAAGAGCUUUUAGAUGAAAACAGAACUUUAAAAGACCAAAGUAUGGUGAAGUUGAAAAAGAAAAAAGGAAAAUACUCAGAACGUACAAGAUUGGCACAUGGGGACAACAGUGUUAACCUGAAUGGAGAUCUAAUUCAGGAUGAAGUUCAGAAUCUGAAAUGGAGAGCAGUCGUGGAUUCAUUCAGAAGCAGAGCUACUCAAACUCCAGUUGUGCUGCUACAUGAUAAAGAGUCUGAAACACCAGCCUGUAGUUGUGAUGGGCUAAAGCAGAUGGAGGAACUACCAGAAGAACUUGUACCAGUUUUGGAAUGCAGUUCUAGUGCUGUUGCAAAAGUUGCUGGUCUAGCUGAGACUGAGCAGGUCACCCUUGGACCACAGGGGGCAAAUACUCUAGAGGAUAGUUUCACUUUGCUCAGGUGUACCCCAAAUCAUCAUGCAGCAGUGCUGUUUCCCCCUCGUCCUGAGAAGUUACCCAAUGAUGAGACAAGUAAGGAAACCAAAGAUGAAGAAACCUUUUAUCUCCUGAAGGAACACUCAAUAACUCUACCAGUGAAGACAUUCCCUGCUUCUGUGAUUGAAAUCUUAAUGAGAAAGAGGCUCCAACUGAUCUUGUUUGAACCUGGAAGAUGCCAUAUAACAGCUUUCACCACUGAGAAGAAAGCGAGCAGUUUGAGUUUCUGUGAGACAAAUACUGAUCUUUGGUCUGAUGGCCUUUGCAUUGUGGCAAAAGGAAGAUUUUAUGACAGAGCUACUGAACUUCUUCAGGGAAAGUUGCCUUCCACUGUGGCUGAAAUUUUCACAACAUCUUUAGAAGAAUGCAACAUGGAAAAACAUUGGGGAAAUAAGCAAAUUCGGCCAAAAAGUGACAGCAUGUUUGAAAGCUACAGUAUGAUGAAAGACCAAGUCAGAAAGGCAGAAGAGGAACUAAAAAUACAGCAAAAGGAAUUAGAAAAAUCAAAAAAAGAGGCUCAGAAGUGGUACAGAGAACUUGGUUUUGCUGAAACAAGGUAUGAAGAAACCAAAACUCGUUUGAUGCAGGCUCUCUCAGAAUUAGACUGCCUUAAGCAAGAAGUUGAGGACAAAAUGCAGGGAAAGCAGCACUGCAAAUUAAUGCCUGUGUACACAUUGGAGGAUGCCCAGGAAAAAGAGGUGAAUAAAAUAGCCAGUAAGAGAUUAGAGCAGCAAAUGUUGACCUUGAAAGCCCAGCUCAGGGACCAGGCUGCAUUACAAAAUCACUUGCAGAAUGAAGUGGAACUCCUUCAGGCUCAGCUAUGUGAAAAGGAGAAAGAACUGCAGAAGAGAAAGUCUGAAGUGAAGUUGACAUUAGCUCCUCUGAAGGCUAAGCUGGCUUGCCUCACCCAAAAGUGCCAGGAAAGGAACAGCUUCAUUAGAAGAAUGCAUGAUGAAUUCCACAAGCAAGGAUUUAUUAACUCUGCAUUUGAUGAAGAGAUGAAGAAUUUGGUGAAUGAUAUGACCCUGGCAGAGUACACGGUUGCUUUUACACCAAUGUGUGAUCAAGAGAUACUGCCUUCCUCCACAGAUGUUUCACAGGGUAAUAGACAGCCAGAGGAUCAUGUGGAACGUGCUACAGGGAUGACUGGGUCAAUAUCUGCAAGCUCUCAGCCAGGGAUGGAUGGCCCCCACAGUUCUCCCAUCACCCCAAACGUGUGUGCUGGUUCUUCUAUUGGAGUAACAAGCCCAGAGAGGAUCAUAGCCUCGCAACAAGAACUAGGAGAAAACCAUUGCAAAAAUUGCCAGAUACCUUCAGUUGUCCCCUCCAGCUCAAACCCGUGGGCUGGUCCCCACCUGCCCAUGACCCACGAGGAAGCCCCUUGGCCUGUGCUGUCAGGGAUGAAAGAUGCUGCAGUGCCCCCAGAGCGUGCUGUGGUGUCCUGGGCCACGAAGGGGAGGGAUUGGUUGUCGAAAUAUGAUGAUGUAUUUUGGGGUCAAAUAGGAAAUCAGCCUGCAGGUGCUAUUCCCCAGGGAAUGAAACACAAAAAUGCCAUUAUGAAUAAGACAUGGCUCUCUAGAGAAAAAACAGAUGGCUUAACCUCAGCAACCACAGCAGAAAGCUAUUUGCCAGACAUGUUGUCAGCAAGUAACAAAGGUCGAUAUCCUGUGGAGAGAAAUCAGCUGCAUGGGAAAGAAUAA